GUCUCGUUCUAAACUUUGUUUACCUCCAUCUAUCUAUCCUGCUGGGUCGUGGUCUCUGGCUCUCCUUUCCAUCAUCUGCUUCCCUCCUAGAUAGAUGGGCGAUGUAAAGAAUUCCUUUUCCCUGGCCCAGAGGUGUGUAUCUGUGCGAUCUCUGUGCCUUCGUGUACCGCCAAAGGCAGGCUGGGAGGCCAUCUCCUGUCUCCUGUCUCCCCUCGAUCUCGAGUUUGAGUUCAAGUUCGAGUGGUUACCCAAUUCCGGAGAAAGAGUUGUUGUUGUCGUUGUGGUGGUGGUGGUGGCCGUUGUUCCUGUUCUCCUUGGUCUCCUUGGUGUCCUUGGUCUCGCCAUGGAUGGCUAAUUCAAUUCCCAACCGCCUCGUUCCUCACUCCUUUCAGUGGACGUUGGUGGCGUUGCCAAGAUCUUGGGAGUUUGAGGUGGUCAUGUUGUAUGUCUGGCUGGAGCUGGCAGGCAUUCAGUUAGGCUCAGAAGCCAUCGUUGGCAGACAAUGCGCUCUCAUGCCAUCUCGCUAGAUUGGCAUCAUACACCUGAAGGUCAAGGGGUUCUCACUCAUCUGACGGACCAGACCACCGGCGAGAGAAGGAUUUAUGGUUACCUGGAACGACCGAUCUUGCCUCCCACCGUUCAAGUGGUUCAUUACAAGCUCUUUUUAAGUGGGAAGGCCGGGAUUGGCAAGAGCAGCCUAGUCUCGUUUCUCUUGGGACAGGCUCAUUGGACCUCUCACUUGGGCGAGACACCCGGGAUCAAGGUGACCAACGUGUUUUGGCCCACCAAGAUUCAAACUCAAUUGGUCUUGUUCCAUUUGUCAUUGUGGGACGCCGGUGAGACAGCCAGCAAGAAAUACAGCCACAUUCAACCGGUGUGCCAGGAGAACUCGACGGGAGUGAUUUUUGUCUUUGCUUUUAAUGAUCGGCGGAGUUUUGAGGAAUUGGAUCAACAAAUUCCCAAUCUAUCUCAGGCUCCCACUCAGAUUUGUCCAAUUGUGGUUGGUACCAAAUAUGGGAGCGUGAGUGAAAGCGAAAUCACUCAGCCGGACGUUGUUCGUUUCGAAACCCGCUGGAAACUGCCCGUUCUAAGGAUUCGGCAUCAAACUCCUCAAGCUGCUUCUACUCCUAACCAAGGCGAAGUAGCCAUUGUGCUCAACUUGAUUUGCGACCAAUUGUGGUGUCAUCAAACGACUCGCUUUGAUUCGAACCUUCCUUGAUUCUUCCCUCAACAUGAGAUUGCGAUCAAGUGGAAACGAGAAGAUGGAUGCUUCUGCCUCGUCAUCGCCCUCGUAUUACGUGGUUUGCCUUCAUGAAAAGUGCUCCCAAGAGGCGGCACAAUUUAUGGCCGACCAUUUGAGUGCGCCUGUAUCCAAGGACGGGGCUGGGUUGAUUGUUGAACAAGAGGUUCUACGUCCCAAUGGCCUCAUUCUCCACAUCUCGGCAUCUAGGCAGCGCGUCCUCGAAUUGGCCGAGACCGUGGGCAUCAAAAAGCCCGAUUUGGAUGGGGUCAUAUGUGAGUUUGAAAUCGCUCAAGCCGACCGAUUCCCCGAAUCUGGCUUGGUGGGCCCCCUUACCUUAUCGGACAUUCAUCGAUGUGUCCUUUACGCCAUGGAAUUUCUCCACUUCGAUCACGACCGCAAAUACUUACCCGGUCAUGAAGAUUCCAAGAUUAUGAAAGGCGCACCCAUGCUCUCGG